AAGAGUACACAUCAAUUACCAGCAGAGCUGGCCUGGCCUACCAUCCAAAUGGAGUUCCCUAUUGUGAUUGCUUCUCUUCUUGGAGUUUUCCUGGCUCCUGCUCUUGCCAACCACAACAUGGAGAAAAACUUUAAUGGGCAGCCCAGUGAAAACUCAAACCACUCUGACACCAGGGUCAGCACCAACCCAAAGGAGAGGUCUGAGGCCUGGAAAACCAUCUGGGACUUCAAGACUGGCUACGUUGCAACCAAGGUGUUCUCAAAGAACACCUGCAUCAUUGCUACAACCAGCAAGAGAUUUUGGUUUGGCAAACGCUUUCCUACACCACCUCAAGGAGACAAGGGACUUGGGCCUUACCAAUUGCCACCCAGAGAGAAUCGCUUCAUUAUCUCGAGGAACAGACUCCAAAGCUUGUGCCCAUAUGGAAAACGCAUCCAAGCCCUGUGCAGAGGAAUUCCCUCCUACCUCGCUUAUCCAGCUCCUGGUGAGUCUGCUACUGACAGCCUCUGUGUUCCAAAAUAAACAAGUGCUCGCAGCACA